AUGUCUGCCAAUACCAACUCAACAGACUACCAACCUCCAAACUACGAAACCUGCUCCGGUGGCGUCUCGGAACGAUGCCCUGUCGAAGCCUCCCUAUACGGCGAUUACUUCAACCUCGGCGCCUGUAUCUUUUUCGUCGUAGCCCACGCGCUGGCUCUCAUUCCACAAAUCUACUUCGGUAUUCGAGCGCGAACAUGGUCCUACAUGAUUUGGUUGGCUCUUGGCACCAUCUUUGAACUGGUCGGCUACUGCGGUCGCGUCGUCAUGAGCUCCAACCCCUGGGUCUACAACGCUUUCGUCAUUCAACUUGUUCUUCUCAUUCUCGGUCCGACACUCGUCGCCGCCGCUAUCUCAAUUACGUUCAAGCACCUUGUUCUAUGGUACGGUCGUGAAUACAGUUUCAUGAAGCCAGUUUUAUACCCCUGGGUCUUCGUCGGUACCGAUUUGUUCUCGAUUGUCAUCCAAGCAGCAGGUGGUGGUAUCUCUUCGGCCGCGACGAAUUCAGAGAUUCCGGACCAAAAUCUACUCGAUGUUGGAUCUGGCAUGCUUGUUGCUGGUGUCGUCUUUCAAUUGGUCAACAUGAUUUUCUGUGGUGGUUUGAUGCUUGUUUAUAUCUGGAGAAGACACAAGGCUAUUAAGAAUGGCUCUGCUGUGAGAGCUGGCGAGGAGCACACCGUGGGAGGAGACGUCAACGUCAUCAGAGCAAGCGACAAGAAGACCAAAAUGUUUGUCUUUGCUCUGACAGCCGCUUACGUUGCCAUUAUCAUCCGUUGCAUUUAUCGUAUCCCCGAAAUGCAAAUGGGCUGGGGCAGCACUCUCAUGCAAAACGAAACCACAUUCCUCAUCCUCGACGGAACCAUGAUCCUCAUCUCUGUGUGGACCUUGACCAUCUUCCACCCUUAUUUCUUCUUCCCUUUUAUGGGAUCCAAGGGAAAGGCUGCUAUAGCAGAUGCCGAGAAGUCUUCUUCAACCGAGACGAACCAGUCUGGACCUGUCAUGGGCAGCGCGUAG